UCUCAAAAAAUAAUUUCCUUUUCCUCUCAAAUAAAUCACAAAAACACUCAGAUUUCACCUCAUACAUGUCAACAGCACCGAGAAAAAGCUCCGCCGUCGACGGCUCCGAUCGGCGGCAACCUAGUCGACUUCAACGGUGUUCUCCGGCUUCUAUACGGAUCAGUCCGGUUUCGAACUGGAACGUUGCGAUCCCUCUCUUAUCACCGGUCCCUCCUUCGCCUCCCUCGAUUGAUCUGGGGAUGACUGAGAAAAGAGAAGAGCUACCGCGAAAAGAGCAGCAGCGGCAAAAGCAGACAACGGAGCGUCAGAAGCGUGUUUUUGCGAUGUGGCAACAUCCAGCGGCUCCGUUUUGUUACGAACCGGCGCCGUUUGUGCCGGUUUAGAUGUAAACAAAGAAAUGUUGUUAGAUGUAACGGCGUGUGUUGAGCUUGUUAUUCUAUUUUGGUUUUGUUCAACGUACACGCCAUUAAUAUUUGUUUAUUUGUUCAUGUUAAUAAUUUGACAAAAACAUCCACAUUUCAAUGGA